AUGAAUCAAGCACAUCCAUUGAGUAUCCCUAUGAUUGUAAGAUCACUUGAUGUGGAUAAGGAUCCUUUCCGUCCUCGGGAAAAUGAUGAAGAAAUUCUUGGUCCUGAAGUACCAUACUUAAGUGCAAUUGGGGCAUUGAUGUAUCUUGCUAGUCAUACAAGACCUGACAUAUCAUUUUCUGUGAAUUUGUUAGCAAGGUUUAGCUCGUGCCCAACCUGCAGGCAUUGGAAUGGGAUUAAACAUGUACUUCGUUAUCUACAAGGUACGAAAGAUAUAGGUUUGUUCUUUCCUAAUUUAUCCAAAGAAGGUUUAGUUGGUUUUGCAAAUGCAGGGUAUUUAUUUGAUCCUCAUAAUGGUCGAUCACAAACUGGAUAUUUAUUCACAUGUGGAGGUACUGCCAUUUCUUGGCGUUCUAUGAAGCAAACUAUUAAAGCUACUUCCUCUAACCAUUCUGAGAUUUUAGCAAUUCACGAGGCUAGUCGUGAAUGUGUAUGGCUAAGGUCUGUGAUUCAGCAUAUAAGAGAAGAUUGUGGUUUAUCUUCCGGAAAAGAGGCACCACAAUUUUAUAUGAGGAUAAUUCAACAUGUAUUGCACAGCUCAAGGAAGGAUACAUCAAAGAUUCGUUCAAGUGAAAAUUUGGCAGAUUUGUUUACUAAGGCGCUUCCUACUACUACAUUUAAAAAGUUGAUUCACCUCAUUGGAUUACGCCGUCUCAAAGAUCUUCAAUGA